AGGUAAUUAAAAACCAAUCUCAAGCCUAGAUCUUGCUUCAUAUUUGGUAGCUCUAAUUAUUGUUGAUUUAAGCAUCGAAGUACUUACCUCGAGGACUGACCUUGGGGCUCUACAGUCAAGAAGGUGAAUGGCAAACGGAGAAUGUGCAUUGAUUAUACUAAUCUUAAUGAUGCUUGCUUAAAGGAUUGCCAUCCCUUGUCGAGUAUAGAUAAGGUAGUAAAAGCUACAUCCAAAAAUGAAAUGCUCAGUCUUUUGGAUGCUUACUUGAUGUAUCACCAGGUCCAUAUGGCACCCGAGGAUAAGGUGAAGACCUUCUUUUAUGCCGGCGAUGAGAUCUACUACUAUGUAAUAAUGCCGUUUGGACUUAAGAAUGUAGGAGCUACAUAUCAGAAAAUGGUGACAAUUGUAUUUCAAGCUCAAAUUGGCACGAACUUGGAAGUCUACGUCGAUGACAUAGUAGUCAAAAGCCUCAAGGAGGGGGAUAUAAGUCAAUCCCAAGAAGAUAAAGGCAAUAGAGAAGAUGAAACCACUGAAGUUAGUCAAAGAUGUGCAACGCCUAACUGGGUGAGUAGUAGCUCUGCACAAGUUCAUCUUGAAACCUCAAAGUGUCAAGUUGCCUUCGACGAGCUUAAGGCAUACCUCAAUUCACUAUCUCUGUUAACCAAGGCUGACGAUGGUGAGAUUCUUUACCUCUAUCUCAGGAUAUCCGACACAACAGUAAGCUCGGUCUUGGUCAGAGAAAUGGGAAAGCAACAAAGGCCAGUGUACUACGCUAGUAAGAUUUUGCAAAAGCUGGAGUGCUCAGGUAGGCUGAUUAAAUGGGUAGUGGAGUUGGGGGAAUUCCAGAUUACCUUUCGGCAUAGGUUGGCAAUCCAAGCUCAAUCUUUAGUAGACUUUGUGGUAGAAUGCACCUUUAGCCAAGAGAAUGCCAACUCUGAAGUCGAGUUAUGGACCCUUUACGUCAACGGGUUAUCUAGCAGCAAAGGGUCAGGUGCCGGAGCAGUGUUAAUUGGGCCUGAGGGUUUUUGCAGUGAUCACACCUUGAAAUUCAAUUUCAAAGCAACGACUACCAUGGCUAAAUAUGAGGCGGUUCUCCUUGGACUUUGUCUAGCAGCCGAGCUGAUGAUUUUAGCUCACAAAAAUCCAAGAACAGAGAAUGAGCACGUAGAUUUCUUGUCAAAGUUAGCUUUUGAUAGCUUUGGUGGAGCGACAUCUAUCUAUGUAGAGGUCCUUGAUAAACCAAGCUUCCAGAGGUUGAAGGUGAUGGAAAUCAAUGUUGAUCCUAAAACUUUGAGCUGGACAAACCCCAUCAAGGCUUACCUCCGAGAUGGAACCAUCCCAAACAGUAAACAAGAAGAGAUGAAGUUGCAGAGAAAGGCAUCCCGAUACAUCGUAGUUGAUGGUUUAUCGUCUGCAAGAAGAGUUAAGGUCAAAAAAGAAGAAGAAGAAGAAGAAGAAGAAGAAGAAGAAGAAGAAGAAGAAGAAGAAGAAGAAGAAGAAGAAAGACGUGUUCUAGCUCUUACCUCAAGGGCGUGUCUAACAAAGCUAGAUCCUCCAUUUGUAUUCGCCUUGUCCCUUGCCCUUUACAAAUCCACCUUUGGAAAGGUGGAUUUGAUGAACCGUUUGGUAGCUGUCCUGUUGACGUUGUUAAAGAAAUUGGACUUCUGCUUUGGGAAAAGGUCACCCUUCCCCUUUCCAUGGAUCACCUUGCCCACCUCUCACAGGGUUAGGUCAAUUUGCACUGGUGGAGGUCGAGCUCGAGCUCUUCCACUUGGAUGGGGCCUUAAAGUUGCACCCAUAGUUCUCUCCUCUAUAAUGACAGCAAUCGGAGCCCUUGACCUCUUCUAUGUGAGAGCGAUGGUCUUUCCUUCAUAUAGCAACUGAUUCAUCUCUUUUAUAAAACAAAACAGAGUUAAAAUUUUUUAAUCAGAUUUACAACUCAAGUGAGUCUAGAUUUGAAUAAACAGACCUUCACUCA